UUCAUGCGAAACCUGUAAAACCUAAUUAGAGACAGACCGACUGGAAUCCCACCGUCUCCCUCGGAGGAGUAGUCAGCCACCCCCAUCAUCAUCGCAAAGGCCUAAAUCAGAAAGACAAUGCUUUACUAAUGGCGAUUUUCAGAUCUCUUAAAACUAUAAUCAAGAAGAAUCCCAGUUCUAAAACCUUCCUUACGACCACCACAUGUACAAUCUCGACUCCUUACUCUCCUCUUUCUUAUUGUCCAUCACAAACUCUCUCUCCCUUCGGAUAUCACUCAACUAGGCUUCUUUCUCCUCUCUCUAAAUUAAUUUUUCCCUUCCAUGGUCCUCUUUUCCUGUCCUCCCCCCCAUGGAAGCUUUCACAGUCCGCCACCCCCCUUUAUGUUCAAGGUAAUGGAAUUAUUUUGCGCAGAGUAGAAGCUUUCAAUUCUCGGUUGAAUUUGCUUCGCAGAACCAAACUUCCUCUUAGAAUAAAUUUUGGGUCAGUUUCACCCCCACCACACUUGUUGGAUCGGUUGAAUUCGGAGAAAAUAAAUGAUAAUUGGGUGCACGGCUUCGUUAAUUUACCCAAUUUAAUUUCAUUAAGCCGGUUAAUUUCCGGUCCUUUUCUUGGAUGGAUGAUAUCAAAUGGCUGGUACUCUUCGGCAAUGGUGGGAUUAGCUAUAUCAGGAGCAACCGACUGGCUGGAUGGAUAUACCGCCAGGAAAAUGGGAAUAAACUCCGUAGUGGGUUCUUAUUUGGAUCCUUUGGCCGACAAGGUUCUUAUUGGAUGUGUUGCUUUGGCAAUGGUGCAGAAUGAUCUUCUCCAUCCUGGACUUGUUGCUCUUGUUGUUGGGAGAGAUGUCUUACUAGUUAGCGGUGCUGUAUAUCAAAGGGCCAAUAGCUUGGGUUGGAAGUGGAGAAGCUGGGAUGACUUUUUCAAUCUUGAUGGUACCUCUCCCCAAAAGGUUGAGCCUCUUUUUAUUAGCAAGGUCAAUACUGUUUUCCAAUUGGUAUUGGUUGCUGGUGCGCUUCUGCAACCCGAGUUUGGAACUCAGGAGACUGAGCUCUACGUCACACUCUUAAGUUGGUUAGUGGUGUCAACAACAGUGGCCUCGACAGCAGCCUACGGUGCACAGUUCAUGAAGAAGAGUUCUGGAUUGAUUGCUCGGAAAGUAUAGGUUUAGAACUUGCAGAUGUUAGAAGGCUUUAGGAAGACGGAAGUAUAUAAGCUCUCCAAGUGUUUAAUGACAUGGACGAGGUGGAGAUUUUACUCCAGCAGGUGUAACAAAUUUCUAUUCGACAUUUCACUUUGAGAUGAAAAGAAUUUGAAUUAUGAGGUUUAGAAACACAAGCAUGUACAUAGUUUCUGUAUACGAAAUAGACAACAUUCGUAAAGAGACCUCUAUGGCUAAGCCGAUGCCUUCAAUCAUUAACAAUUCGUUUAUAAUC